AUGCCGCCUAUUGGGGUGCAAUUGCUUAUUCAAGAUCGUCAUGUAAUGAUGGAUAAUGGGUUUGUCCAAGUGACAUUGUCAAAGCCAGAGGGAAUAGUCACUGGAAUACGAUACAAUGGCCUUGAUAACUUGCUCGAGAUUCGUAAUGAGGAAACUAAUAGAGGCUACUGGGACCUGGUUUGGAGUGAAGCGAGUACCGGAACAACAGGAAUAUUUGAUGUGAUCAAAGGUACAGAAUUUGAUGUUAUAGUGGAAAAUGAUGAUCAGGUGGAGCUCUCUUUCAAACGAACCUGGGAUCCCUCUCAAGAGGGCAAGCUUGUUCCCUUGAAUAUUGAUAAAAGGUUCGUAAUGGUUCGAGGUUCUUCAGGCUUCUACUCUUACGCUAUCUACGAGCACUUACAGGAAUGGCCUGCUUUUCAGCUCGGAGAAACCAGAAUUGCGUUCAAACUCAGAAAAGACAAGUUUCACUACAUGGCCAUGGCGGAUAACCGGCAAAGAUACAUGCCGUUGCCUGAUGACCGUUUACCACUCAGAGGCCAACCCCUGGCUUAUCCGGAGGCAGUUCUACUCACCAAUCCGAUCGAGCCUGAACUUAAAGGAGAAGUGGAUGACAAGUACCAGUACUCUUGUGAUAACAAGGAUAACCGGGUACAUGGGUGGAUAUGCACUGAUCCGCCGGUGGGAUUGUGGCAAAUUACACCCAGCAACGAGUUCCGAUCUGGUGGACCUGUUAAGCAAAACCUUACCUCUCAUGUUGGUCCAACCACCCUGGCGAUGUUUCUAAGCGCUCAUUAUACCGGAGAAGAUUUGGUGCCAAAAUUUACAACCGGUGAAUACUGGAAGAAAGUUUUCGGCCCUGUGUUUAUGUAUGUCAAUUCGGAAUAUGCAGGAAAUGACCCGUUAGUUUCACUAUGGGAGGAUGCUAAACUACAAAUGAUGAUUGAAGUCCAAAGCUGGCCAUACAGCUUCCCUGCAUCUGAAGAUUUUCCCAAGUCGGGCCAACGUGGUAACAUUAGUGGUAGACUACUUAUCCAAGACAGAUAUAUUAGCGAUGACUAUGUAUCAGCCAACGGUGCAUAUGUCGGGUUAGCCCCUCCAGGAGAGGUUGGAUCGUGGCAAAGAGAAUGUAAGGACUAUCAAUUUUGGACAACAACAGACGAGGAUGGCUACUUUUCUAUCAAUGACAUACGGACCGGCGCUUAUAACCUUAACGCAUGGGUUCCUGGUUUUAUCGGAGAUUAUCAAUAUGAUGAUGUUAUCACUAUAACUUCAGGUUGUGAGAUUUAUAUGGGUGAGCUUGUGUAUGAGCCUCCUAGAGAUGGCCCAACCUUAUGGGAAAUUGGCAUCCCAGAUCGAUCUGCUGCAGAGUUUUACGUUCCUGAUCCUAAUUCCAAGUACAUUAACAGUCUGUUUGUCAAUCAUCCGGACAGGUUUAGGCAGUAUGGACUGUGGGAUAGAUACACAGAGUUAUAUCCUGAUGCGGACUUGGUUUACACGGUUGGUGUUAGUGACUAUAGCAAAGACUGGUUUUUUGCUCAGGUUACCAGGAAGAAAGGUGACAAUAAGUAUCAAGGAACAACUUGGCAAAUCAAAUUCAAGCUGGAUGAUGUAGACCAGAAUGGCACCUAUAAGCUGAGAGUAGCAAUUGCAUCUGCAACUCUUUCGGAAUUACAGGUUCGAGUAAACAACCCAAAGGCGAAUCCUCCUCUAUUCACAAGUGGUUUGAUAGGGAAAGACAAUUCCAUUGCAAGACAUGGAAUCCACGGGCUCUAUUGGCUUUACAAGGUCGAUAUACCGAAUUCUCAGCUUGUUCAGGGAGACAAUACUAUCUUUCUAACUCAACCAAGAAGCACUGGUCCUUUUCAAGGGAUCAUGUAUGACUAUAUUCGCUUAGAAGGUCCGCCAUCUGCAAGUUCCAAAUAA